CACAUUAAUUGCAAUUAUUUGUUUUGUGUGUUCAUGACUAAUAUUGUGUUGUGCAGUGCACAAUUAAUACUUAGUAAAAGAUUUGCGUACUCACAGCUAAUAUGAGAAGCUGAUAACAUCGGCCGAAACGUAGCAGAAUUUCCUCAGAUGUCAAUCAUACUGCUGAUACUUCUGGCAUAAAAUCCAGUCUUAGAGCGUGCCACUGUAUGUAAUAAAUGUUUGUUAUACUCCUUGUCAACGUCAGAAUGAGAAUUCCUUGCAAAAUGCCAAAGCUUUAUACUGUUACUAGAUACAUUUCUUCAUCUCCCGUUCUCUUAAAGCAACCGCCUCAUGAUAGACUCCGAUCAAAAAGACGCAACCCUCCUCCGUUCCACACUCUCCCUUUUUAUGAUGAAGCACCAGCGAAGGGUUUACCGAAGAAACCACUGAAAGUCAGUGGUCAAUGGGGGUCAACAGACAAAAAAGUCAAAGAAUCAAGGUUCCGCCAUGGUGAACUCUUAAAGGCAACACCUACGUUAUUUGAAAAGCUUCAGGAACUUACCCAUAUUGAGGAGAAUAUGUGGUUUCAUUCUAUUGAUAUCCCUUUAAAACAUCCUGAAAUGCUUGGUUUUUCUCAGUUUGUCACACGAACAAGACUUAUACCAUGGAUACCAGAGCAAUAUAGUGAUAGCAGUUCAUACUUAUCGAAUUAUUUAAAUUAUUUGUUUAUGGAGGAAUUACAGUCGAUGAACAGAAAACCUGUUAACAUGCAUGAUCAAAGUGACAAUGGAGUUAAUUCGCGUGCAAACUAUCGACGUAAGAAGAUAUCUGUGAUUAUGGAAACAGUGUGCCGGUCAUUUUUAUCAAGUGGGACAGAAUCACUGGUCACUGAAUUGUCUACACAAAUUGAUGAACAUGCAACAAUUGAAAUGUUUUUAAAGCGACUAGUUGAUCAUGAAGUAUUCGAAAACGCUGAAAAAGUGGAUGAAGACAUUUACGAGGCAGUAAAUGAAACUGUUAUUGACCGUGAAGAUUGUGUACAUUAUCGUAUACGUUCUCAGUUAGCCUGGCAAUUGAGAGGAGCGUUUCCUUUGAAAGCUCAUUUCAGUUUGGAUGAUCCCAUAUGCUUUCCUGAUGAACCUAUCCUCUGCACUUAUCGUCCUGAAGCGUUCGAUUUAAGCCUUGUUGAGUGUUACAAUUUCAAUUGUUUGCCUUUUUCUCGAACAAUCGAUUUUUCCGAAUUUGCUCGGUCUAUCGCAGGCUAUUGGUCUCGUACACCAUUUUGGGAAGGUGAUCCGUGUGAGUUCGGUUUACUUGGAGUGAUUGAUCUAAACCGUGCAGAAAUUGUACGAAAUGAAAUCAGUCGUACCACUCUUCCAGAAGAUGUCAAGAAAAAUAUUUUACAACGUCAUGGGGUCGCUGAAGGCAUUUUAACAGCAUUCGCAUGGACUUCAGCGCAAGCGUACAAUCAAGGUUUCACAUUGUACAAUGAAUUAACUUACCCACUGUGUGCUCAAAUAAUUCUUAUGGACGAAACGCAUAUUCAAUUGUUGCGUUUCCAGUUGAAUUCGAUAACAUCACUAUGGAAAGCAGAAGAUUCAAUGUUACCAUAUAAUUUAGCCUGGUAUUCCCCACGUGUAGAGUUGUUCAAAGAACAGUCGGAUUCAGGAUCUAAUACUUCUCUAUCUGUAAAUGAAGAGGCUGUUUCACUUAUAACAUCUGCUAUGCUGCAUCCUUUGGAUAAAACACUUUCCAAUGAGUCACUGCGUCCUUAUCUUGCUGAUGGAACAGCUCCCAGAGAUUAUCUUAUUUCUAAGCCAGCUAAACAUUUGAUUCCGUCUUCUCAAGAGUUUAAAUUUGAUAAUGAGAAAUACGGUGAUAUGUCUGUGCUUAGUGAAUCUGAAAUGAAAGCCUUAGAAUCAACUGGUGAAUUGAAGAAAAAAGAAAAACCAUUACAACUGUUCACCUUUAAACGUCCACAUCCGAAUGAAGUAUUUUUCUUUAAAUUAACAGAUAAGCAUGCUCUUGUGGAUGAAAUCAAAGAAACAUUCCCAGACCUCGGUGGACCUUUUGGUAAACUUCCUGAAGCAUAUCUUAGUAAAGUUCGAGAACAUCAAAAGGCGAAACGUCGUACUGAGACACGGUCACGUGUUCAACCUCCUCCUCGUCGUUGGCGUUGAUGACAUUCAUUCACAUUCUACCGAUUGUUCCUUAUAUGAAACUAUUAUAUAACAAAUUGUAUAGAAAUAAAUUUUUGAAUUCAUACUAAUAUUUUAAUAAUUUUCGAG